AUUAAGGAUUCCUAAAUGAAUUAUAAUACAAGGAUAUAGUCAUUCUGAAAACCUUUGCUAUCUAAGAGGCGUAUAUCUAACCAUUCGUUAUUGUCACUUCAUGGGCGAAUUUGAAACUGGGGAGAUGGAGGUAUGUGAUGCAGAUGGAGCUCCCAAUAUGGUACCACAGCAUGUAGCAGGGGAAUACCAUUGCUUGGUAUGCCCUCGCCACUUUCGAAGUGUUCCACACCACUUCAAAACUGCAGGGAAUUCAGUGCCAUUGCUGAUGCCAGAAGAAAACACUGUUGUCCAUGCAAAGCUUCCUGAGUGCCAUCAGGAAUAUAAGCUGCAGCAGCAAAAACAACAAAAUGCAAUUCAAGAGUCAAAUCACAUCGAUUCGGAGCAGCUACAUAAACGCUUCUCUACUGCAUUUCAGAAAGCAUAUGCUAGUGGCAAGAGACCUGCUGCCAUCAUACCCCCCUUGAACAGGAGGUGGAAAACUGAGGUUGUUCACGAUAGAAGAGGGUUGUCUACCGACCACACAACUCUACCACAAAACCCAUCUGAUGGGGAGAAUUGUGCUAAUUCAUUGUGCAGUGACACUGACAGUGCCUCCGUAGUGCAAGACAAUGAAUAUGAUGAUGGUGGUGAAGAAGAAAUAGUCAAUGAAGAAAUAGUCAAUGAAGAAAUAGUCAAUGAAGAAAUAGUCAAUGAAGAAAUAGUCAAUGAAGAAAUAGUCAAUGAAGAAAUACAUGAAGAAGAAAUUGAUUAUGAAGAACAAGAAAUUGAUGAAGAGGAAGAAAUAACGAAUGAAGAAAUGGAAGAAGGAUUCAUGAAUGAAGAAACGGAAGAAGGAUUCAUGAAUGAAGAAACGGAAGAAGGAUUCAUGAAUGAAGAAACGGAAGAAGGAUUCAUGAAUGAAGAAACGGAAGAAGGAUUCAUGAAUGAAGAAACGGAAGAAGGAUUCAUGAAUGAAGAAACGGAAGAAGGAUUCAUGAAUGAAGAAACGGAAGAAGGAUUCAUGAAUGAAGAAACGGAAGAAAGCAUAAUGAAUAAAGAAAUAGAAAGAGGAGGAGGAGGAUUAAGGAAUGAAGAAAUAGAAGAAGAAGAUUUAAUUAAUGAAGAAACUGAAGGAGGAGGAAUAGUGAAUGAAGAAAUCGAAGGAGGGGGAAUAGUGGAUGAAGAAACUGAAGACGGCAUAAUGAAUAGAGAAGUAGUAGAAGGAGGAAUAAUAGAUGAAGAAGAAAUUGAUUUUGAAGAAGAAGAAAUUGAUAAUGAAGAAGAAGAAAUUGUUGAUAAAGAAAUAAUGAAGGAGGAAGUUGAAGGAGGAUUAAUGAUAGAAAAAACAGAAGAACAAGAAGAGGGAUUGAUGAAUGAAGAAACUGAAGACGAAGGAAUAACAAAUGGAGAAGUUGUAGCAGGAGGAAUAACAAAUGGAGAAGUUGUAGCAGGAGGAAUAACAAAUGGAGAAGUUGUAGCAGGAGGAAUAAGGAACAGAGAAGUUGCAGCAGGAGGAAUAAGGAACGGAGAAGUCACAGCAGGAGGAAUAAGGAAUGGAGAAGUCAUAGCAGGAGGAAUAAGGAAUGGAACUGUCACAGGAGAAGGAAUAAACAAUGGAGCAGUCUUGGGAGGAGUUAUAAGGAAUGGAGUAGUUGUACGAGAAGGAAUAACGAAUGGAACAGUUGUAGGAGAAGCAAUAACAAAUGGAACAGUUGGAGGAGGUGGGAUAAUGAAUGGAGUAGUCGUAGGAGGAGGAAUGAGGAAUUUAGUAGUCAUAAGAGGAGGAAUAAGGAAUUUAGUAGUCGGAGGAGGAGGAGUAACAAUUGAAGUAGUCAGAGGAGGAGGAAUAACGAAUGGAGGUGUUGUAGGACGAGGAAUAAGGAAUGGAGAUGUAGUAGGAGGAGGAAUAGCGAAUGGAGGUGUUACAGGAGGAGGAAUAGCGAAUGGAGGUGUUACAGGAGGAGGAAUAGCGAACGGAGUUGUCACAGGAGUUGGAAUAGCGAGCGGAGGUGUCGCAGGAGGAGGAAUAGCGAAAGGAGGUGUCGCAGGAGGAGGAAUAGCGAAAGGAGGUAUCGCAGGAGGAGGAAUAGCGAAAGGAGGUGUCGCAGGAGCAGGAAUAGGGACAGCGAACGGAGGUGUCGCAGAAGGAGGGACAGCGAACGGAGGUGUCGCAGGAGGAGGGACAGCGAACGGAGGUGUCGCAGGAGGAAGAAUAACAAAUGAAGUCGUAGGAGGAGGAAUGAAAGAAGGGCCUGGUUCCAGCAACAGUGACCUACAAUCUGUCAAGCAGGCAGAGCUUAAGCCACCACCAAUCAUCCUACACAUCAAGGGCCACUACAGAUAUUUCCUGCAGUUACUUAAAGAGUGGACAACAGAGGACUUCAGUGUGAGAACUGCAGGUAAAGACCUCAUCCGGGUCAAUUUCUGUAACAUUGCGGACUAUAAAAGAGUCGAGAGUGAAGCAGCAGCACGUCAAAUUCUGUUUUACACUCAUACUACCCACGCGGACAAAGUCAUCACAGCAGUCUUCCGUGGACUACCACGUACUUUUCAGCCACAUCACCUGUGGAAGGAACUGGAAGAGCUUGGAUUUGCUGUACACUUUGUGGUGCGCAUGAAAUAUCCAAAGACAGGGAGGGAAAUGCCUCUAUUUCUGGUUGUAGUUCCUGAGACCCCACAGAACAGGAAAAUUUUUAGCAUCACGCUGAUUGCCAACAGAAUCAUUAGCGUGGAAAACCUGAAGAGAAGGCGGGGUGGCCCUCGAUGUUUCCGAUGCCAGGCCAUUGGACAUAUGGCACACCAUUGUUCACAGCUUGACAUUUGCAUCCAGUGUACCGGUGAACAUCAAAGCCAGAAAUGUCUGCUCCUCAGAAACAAAGCACUGAAGUUCAUGAACUGUGGGGCUCGCCAGCAUGAAGUACCUUGCAGCCAGCCUAAGCAAGAGAAGGCUAACCAUUCUGUCUGCCAUCUAGAUCCAACCGCACUGCCACAUGUGGACCUCAUUAGUGAUGUUAGCAAAGCAAAGCUGCUGUCUGCAUCAGACACAAGCUUUAUGGGCCCAACAGCCAAUAGACUUGGGCAGACCCACGCCAAAAAGCGUAUGUCUGAAUUACAGCUUGACAGUGCACCAAAACAGAAGCUGCGGUGUUGUCCGCAUGCUGCGGGGGAGGCAGAACAGGAGGGUUUGGUCUCCACCUCCAUGGGCCAGAAUAGUUCCAGAAAUGGCACCAGCUAUGUCAAAGGUGAAGAUAGUGUUAAUGCUGAAGCCACCAACUGCACUGACAUAAUGCCCAGCAACAGCUUUACCACUGCUGAACAGCUUGCAGAUAUACCUAGACAGUUUGCCCUGCUAGAGGAGACAAUCAGGAAUCUCCCACAACGGAUUUAUGCUGCUGUAAAGAUGGCUGUGGAAACAGGCAUGCUGCCCGCUUCCCAACAACCAGCAGACUGAACUGCCAGUCCGUGCAUCAUGGAAAGCUCCAGAGGCCUCUGACUAGUCAGCUGCUUUGGCCACCCUCAUACUGAUAGCACUGAUGCUAGGACAAGAAAUUACAGCAACCGCAACCAAAGAAAACAGGAAAGCAAAAUGCUUAGUGUUUUAAUACUCCAACACAAGGGGAAGAAUCAACCACUGUGAUGAUUUCUAAUGUUCCAAUGAGCAGCAGCAGCCUUCCCCUUGUUUAGUACUGCAGUGUCCUUUCCUCCAUCUAUAUUUUCCAUAGUCAUGCGUACUUCUACAUCUCUGCAUUUCUGUAGCCAUUCCUGUUUCACCACUUUGCCUAUUCCGACAAUUUCUUUGUUUUGGUAUCUGUAUUCUCUUUUUGCAUUCUACACCUGACAAAUUUUUAUACUUUGUUCUUCACUUUAUGGAGUAUAUUUACAGCCUGUUCUGCCUUCAGGGAAGCCAUCUGUUUCUUUGUUGCCCUAUGUCUUUUUCAGAUUUAUUUAUAAUUGUUUGUUUACAUUUUGUGCAUCCUUGCCCUUUUUCA